UCCAUCAGUGAAAAGUGCCUGGCUCUUGAUCUUUGUACUCUUGGAGUCGUUGUCUCGAAUCAUCUCUUCUUGCAAAGCUGUUUUGAAAAGCAAUUCGUCAACACUACCUUGGACAUCGACAAAGACAACUAAACAGCCCAUGGCGUUACAUAUGAACUGGUGGUCUCUGGCUUUGAGCGCCUGUCUCGUGCUGACAGUUCAUGCUGAAUGCGGCAGAGAGUGCGCGCUCUGCGUCUAUGACAUGUUGCGUCUACAGAAAGAAAGCGACACACUGACUUGCACAUUAGAGUGUGAAGGAACAGUGGACUCCAGAAAGCUGGAAAUCUGCAAAGACAUCCUGACCGAAAAGGAACGUCUUGCUGUUGACAACCUCAGACAAGAAAACAGCGCAGACCACCGUCUCGUUAAGAAAUAUGGGGGCUUCAUGAAGCGAUAUGGGGGCUUCAUGAUUAGGAAGGCUGCAGAGAUUGACACCCCAGCCGAGAGUGAUGGUACAGAGACCAUUAGUAAAAAAUAUGGAGGCUUUAUGAAGAAGAACAGAGAAGAGGGCGAAGCCGAAGACCGAGUGGAACUGCUCAGAGAGAUUCUCAAAAUUGGCCUUACCUCAGAGUCAGAGAACCAGCAAGAAGGGGACGUCGUCAAACGCUACGGGGGCUUUAUGAGGAGCAUACAGGGCAAAGGCGGUCUUGAGGAGGCAGGAAGAGACCUGCACAAGCGGUAUGGUGGGUUUAUGCGCAGAGUGGGUAGGCCUGAUUGGUUGGAUAGCCAGAAAACCAAUGGGUUUCUUAAACGCACUUGGGAGGAUGGAGGCGAGACCGCACUGCCCGGCAUGGAGAAGAGAUAUGGAGGAUUCAUGGAUUAGAAUCUAGCACAAUAGAUAAAAAAUUGACACUCAUCCCAAACCUGUUCCUACUUUGUGUAGAGCUUGCACUAUAUCAAUUUCAUGUGAAGUCCCUUUUAAUUUUGAUUCAUUUUUGUCUUAAUUUUGCUGCAAAAUGUUCCUGCAUCAUAUUAAAUGUACAGUAGACUUGUGAUCUCAGUGAUAAGGGUUUGUGUAAAAAAAGUUCCCUUCUCUAUAUUUGCAAUGAAAUCGCUCAUGUAAAUGAACAAUUUGGAUAAAGAUGCCUAGAAUAUUAGGCCUUGCUCAAUUACUGGAAUUUUUAGGUUACAUAACCACAAUUUAAAUGUACUUUUGACAGUGUUGCAUUGUUCUCUAAGAACACAUUAGCAAGUCUGCUUCACUCAUUGAAAAUUGUAGAUAAGGCUAAACCUCUGGUGUACCAUAUUUUAAUGAUUAAUGCAUUUCUUUUAACGUAUCAACUGCUUUUGUUCUUGUUUAAAUCAAAGCAACAUUUCUGAGCAAUUAGCUGUGCAGAAUAUAAUAAAUUCAUCUUACUGCAGAACUGAAAUGUCUCAGUGAGAUAUUUA